UAUAUCCCUGAGAGAUAAUAUGUAAUAGAUUCCACCGUGACGUCUCCGUUAUCUAAUAACUAGUCACGGGCAGACUGUAGACUUUCCGCCCUCCUGACCCUCCUCUUCCUCACGAGCUUUCCCUCAGCACUUCCCGAGUGCCCACACAGACAGUCGGGGGAUCCGGCCUGGAUCAUGUACCCGGCAGCGCGCCUUCUGGAGGCCGUGAGGAGGAGCAGUCUGGGGGCGAAGCGUGGAGCCUCCUACUUCUCCCACACAGAUUCCGCCAAUAUACGGCCAUUAGAUGGAGUGAAAGUCCUCGACUUGACAAGAGUCUUGGCUGGACCUUUCGCUACAAUGAUUCUUGGGGAUCUUGGAGCUGAAGUUAUAAAAGUAGAAAAACCCGGGUCUGGAGAUGAUACAAGGGCCUGGGGGCCACCCUUUGUUGGAAGUGAAAGUGCCUACUUUCUUAGCGUGAAUAGAAAUAAAAAGAGUAUAGCUGUCAACAUGAAGGAUCCCAAAGGAACCAAGAUUAUUAAACAGCUAGCACAAGCCUGUGAUGUUCUCAUAGAAAAUUACAUUCCUGGAAAGCUAGCUGAAAUGGGGCUAGGUUAUGAAGAUCUGAUGAAAACAGACCCUCAUAUUAUAUACUGCUCUAUCACAGGUUAUGGCCAGACUGGACCUUUGUUUAAAAGAGCAGGAUAUGAUGCUGUAGCAUGUGCAAUGUCUGGACUGAUGCAUAUAACAGGACCUGAGGAUGGAGAUCCUGUCCGUCCUGGUGUCGCUAUGACUGACCUUGCAACAGGACUAUUUGCUCAUGGAGCCAUUAUGGCUGGUUUACUGCAAAGGGCUAAAACAGGGAAAGGAAUGCACAUUGACUGCAACCUACUUUCCUCACAGGUUGCGUGCUUGACUCACAUAGCUGCAAACUUCCUUAACGGAGGCAUUGAAGCAAAACGUUGGGGGACAGCGCAUGGAAGCAUUGUGCCAUAUCAGUCAUUUAAAGCAAAGGAUGGUUACCUUGUAAUUGGGGCAGGCAACGAUCAACAGUUCUCUACUGUUUGCAGGAUUACAGAUCUUUCUGAACUCAUAAAUGAUCCCCGAUUCAAGACUAAUAAACUUAGAGUGCAGCACAGAAAAGAACUUCUUCAAGUUUUAACAUCACGGUUCUCAGAAAAAACAACCGCUGAGUGGCUUGAGCUCUUUGAAGGAAGUGGCAUCCCAUAUGGGCCGAUCAACAGUAUAAAGCAAGUAUUUUCUGAACCCCAGGUUUCCCACAAUGGCCUUAUUCUCGAAAUGGAUCAUCCAAAUGCGGGGAAGAUAUCAGUGCCAGGUCCUGCAGUAAGGUUCAACAAUUUCAACAUAUCUGAACCUAAGCCACCUCCGGUCAUUGGACAGCACACAGUGGAGGUCUUGAAAAGCAUACUGGGAUAUGAAGACAACUAUAUUGCUGAACUGAUAAAAGACAAGACAAUAUCUCAGAAUGAGGUUCAAUGAUGUUAAACCUGACAAAGUCAAAAUCCUAUAUUAGAUCAUUUACAUUCUGGUCUUUGAUCAUUUUAAAUGAAUUACCUUUAUUAAAUUGUAGUAUUAAUUUGUAUUUUUCAUUAAAGGAUUAGAAAGCA